CCUCCUUGGAUAGCUUCAAAUCCAUGGAGAACGAUGAUGGAGUUUCUUUGGAAAGUUGCGAAAGAAAUCCUCUGCUGGAUAAGGGUAAACCAUUGUUCCUUGAUUGGCGCACCUUGAGUUGUUGUGAGGAUGACUAAUUUUACAAGUGCAGUAAUGAUUUUCUCUCCUUCCUUUGAAGUUCUAUAAGCCAUUGUUCCUUUAUCUUAUCGUGAAUCUUAGAGUUGUGGCAAGGAAGCUGUAAUUUCUGGCAAAUUCACGUCCCCUGAACCAUCAUUUAUAAGAGAAGAAUACUCUUGGAAGACAUGCGUUCAUACUUUUGGUGUCUCCUACAACAUCAAGAGGCUGAAACAGCAACAACUUGUUCUCGAGAAGUUGGCUGGAUUACUGACUAAUAAACAGUUGGCAAACAUGGAUACAAUAAAUACUGGUGGAAUUGGAGCUGAAGACAGAAAGAUUGAUGAGGACAAACAAAACAUGAAAGGCUUCUUCCUAAUGAAAUCUUUGCUACACAAACAAGUGAAAAGAUACCAGACACUGGAAGAGAAGACUGAUGACUUGUGCAAUAGAAUGGAGGACAACUACCAGUUAGGAAGCAGAAAAGACUCACAAGUUGUUAGAACAAAGGAGCAAUCUGAGACACUUAUGUGCUAUCUAGAAGAAACAUUUGAACUACAAAAGUGUGUUGUGGCAACAGGACAGAAGUUCACAGAAAUGCAGUCCAAAACUAAUUCUAUCUUUUCUGGAGCUGAUGCACAUGAUAAAUCUAUAGGCUUCAACUUGAGGCAGUUUGCUGAUAUCAUUAGAACUUCAAAGGAACAACUCUAAGAUUCACAACUCUAAGUUCACAUGAUAAAUCUAUACCAAAUUUUAGUGAGUUGUGUCAAUUUUCUAAUCUAAUCUAACUAAUUUCUAGUUAAUUUCUUUAAAUCUCUCCUUUUUUAAAAACUUCUCAAUUUUGUGAGAUGAUGAUUGUUUUUUGAAAACAAAAUGAGAUAGACUAUUGCCGAUACUGAUCUAACUCGGACAAUCCUAGCUACAUCAUUGUUUCCCUUUAUGUAUAUUUGAAAAGUUAAACAAAAUAUCAUGCAAUAGUAUUUGGAGUGCUUUUACUGUGACUAGAUUCUAGAAGUAUGAUGAUCUCGUAUGGACUGGCAAACGAGAUACUAGUUCAUUACUUACUAGUUACCUGGACACUCA